CAUGCAUCCCCUAGACAUCCCCACUCUCCCCUACAUCCUACCGUUCAACAUUAUAACGAACUAGAAGAGAGUUGGGACUUUCACUAAGAGCGCGAAUACAUCAUCAGUAUCUCUUUAUGGGAACAGUUCACUUGAUUUCGCAGCAUGGUCGACUUUGGGUGGUCGUUCGGUGAUGUUAUUGCAGGAAUCAAACUAGUUCACACCAUCUACGAAUCGGUUUCUGAUGGUCCUCGAAAUGCAAAAACUGAAGCUACUCAGUUCUUCAGUGAGUUUGAGGGAAUCAUUACUCGCUUAGAUCAAUGGGAAGCUCGGAUGAAAUUAUGUAGCAGGGACCAAAAUCAAGCUGCGGCCCACGAGGAUCUCAAGCAAGAGGCGACGAAAUUCAUCAAAAAGCAUAUGGGGUUGAUUCAACAAGCAAAUCCCAGUACUGUCGGACGUCGAACUGGUCGAACGACUUGGCUCCAGCCUGCUCCCUUUUCCAAGGCCCAGAUUGCAAGUUUAUACAGUCAAGUCGUGUGGCCUUUUGAACGGAAUGAAGUCGCGAGGUUAAGGGGAAAGCUACAAUUUUUCCUCCAGCUAUCCGCAUUUGACGUCGGUAUAGAUACUAACGAUAUUGUUCGAGAUACCAACGAUAUCAUCAGGUUUACACCAACCUCUUUAUCCUAAUUUGACCAAGACUGAUAUUUCUAUAGAACAUCGCAUGCCGAUUUACUUUCAUCAAAUCUCAGACUGGUCUCCUCACAUCUGGAACUUGUUUCUCUCAUCACGCUAAAUCUGAAAAGAGUCACACAUCCCCUCGAGCCCGGGGUUCAGACUCAUAAAAUCGAUUAUCCACUGCUAAGGCAGUUUGAACAAGCUCUUAGGCCACCACAACCUCUUCUAGCCAUCGAAGCUCGUCGACGUGAAGUUGGUCUCCCUUGGCAUUCCGAAAGCCACAAUCACCAAGCAGAGCUUGCCAGGGUCUCGCCAAACACCUUGUACGAUAACAAUGCCGGACACUUCGAUCAAAACGAAGUUCGGGAUUAUAUCUCGAGACGUUUAGACAACAUGUCAAUGAGAUUUAGACGAGUCGACGAGAUGGAUAGCCUACCAGAAGAUGAGAUUUCCGUUGGAUCGACAUCUCUACAGACUCUUCUUCAACGAUUGGGCGAUAUGCGCAGCCAAAUAGGAAGCGCGGUGGGAAUAGGAGCCUCUCAGAUGCCUACGUAUGCUUCACAGCAUACGACAGUGGAGCCCGGGAACGUUUUACAGAAUGAGCUGGAGGCAUGGAACCAACUGGAAGAAAGAAUCGAAAGAGAGAUAUUACACCCCGGUUGGCGUUUAACAACAACAGCUCCAAUACCCAUCCCGUCUCCAAGACAGCCGAUUCCACGCUCUCCAUCUGUCAAUCCUUCUGAUGGAUUACAUGCUCGGUCUAUGAGUAGUUCUAGCAGUCACGGAAACUAUUUGAGCGCUUCUCCCUCUUCUCCUGGCGGCGCUUGGAGCACUACGGGAAUGAGAAACAGCUCCAUAUCUUCGGCUUCCCCAACUCCAUCCAUUCAUCUCAACCACUCUAUUCCUGCGCAAAUGUAAGCCAAAUUGCUCCAUCACAUAUAAAUUGCCUCACUUACAAUUUCUCUCAGAACCUACUCGAGUCAAACAAACACCCACACAUCAAAGGUGGACAUCCGCUCCAUCAGUCGAUGCGAAGAUGGUCGAGUGCAAUCAAUAAAAUCAACCUCCCGAGACAAGGAAUUUGUACACCGAGUCGAUUUCAACGCACAGUCCUUGACGGAGACCUCCAUGAACCCUUUCCUAGACAAUGGACACGUUGUCAACCGUGACAACACUCAUCGGCGAAGAGACUGGAGAGUUCAAUUCCAAGGAGCACACAAUAUCAAAGUGACAAAGCCUGAUGGCAUCUCAAGAUAUAUAACGAAACCAAUCUACAAAUUCGAUAAUGAGAAAGGUAAGAAUCACAUUCACAGACAAUGAAAUGAUAGUGAACAUUUCUAGAUUUCUUGGAAUUCCAACGUCUUCUACUAAACAAAGACGUCAAAUUCUGCGCCGAUGUCCGGUCCAUAAAAUCGACUUCCGAUAGAGUCCAAUGUAGCCUCAGUACAAUACGAAUCCUCCUCGACGGAUACGGACACCGUUCGAUCUUCUACUUCCGCCACACAACCGAUCAGAGAGAUCGAGACGACUUUGAAGAAUGGCCUGGUAACCCUAACCCCCUCUCUCUCAUACUAUUGAACAUCCGUCAUCACAAGCAACACUAACACAAUCUAGCCGAUUCCUUCCUCGAACCACCAGAACCACCCCCACGACCAAGACAAAACAAACACACCAUCACCCUUAACAGCCACGACGGCCAGCCCCUCACAACACCCACCCCCCUCUCCAGACGCACAACCCACGGAAGCAUCACCACCAUAGCCUCCACCGAAUCAUCCCCGGGCCCAACAUUCACGCGGUUAAGCCAACGAUCCACGACGGGUCGAGCGAUUAAAGGGUUGGUGAUUGAUUUUUACGAUUAUAACGGUGCGUAACUCCCCGUCUCCAGAGUACUUUAUUCCCCUGUGAUCUUUGCUCCUUCUAACUCGUAUACACAAUCCUAACCACCCACCAGACUGCCAAAAAUUCUGGAAAGAACUCCGAGUCAAAGACGAGCUCUCGGUGUUCGGGGGGCCGGAAGGCCAAUUCGGACUCGGCCUCGACUUACCCGCUGAGUUAUCGGGGGAGUCUCUUACGGAGUUACCGUGAUGUGAUGAUUUGUGCUUGGGAUGUGGAUAGGAUGUAGUUAUAGAUGAUACCAUAGAGUAAUGUUCAAUUUAAUACUGUAAUUUUAUUGGGAAUGUUGGCCUGGAGUAGAGUUCGUUUUCGAUGUCGAGGAAAGGAAAGGAAAGGAAAGGAAAGGAUAGGAUAGGUGUGAUUGGUUGUUUGAUUGGCGGGGGGAUUUAAGCGAGGAUGGAAAAUAUAUCUCUUCUCUAUAUAUCAUUUACUAAAGAUAUAGUCCUUGGUUGUCCGUAAUUAUCAAGAACUAUAACAUUCCCC